GAACCGCCUUGACCAGUCCCCUGCCGCCGAGCUCCUGGGGCCGGCAGGGCGACACCAUGGAGUGCCUGGAUAAAGCAGCGCUGAACGCACUGCAGCCUCCGGAGUUCGGAAAUGAAAGCUCAUUAGCAUUUACACUGAAGUCGCUCCUGUUCUUUACAGCUCUAUUGAUCACUCCUCCUACUGGAUUAUAUUUCACAACUAAAUCUUACAUAUUUGAAGGCGCCUUUUGGAUGUCCAAUGCGGACAGCUAUUUUUAUGCUGCUAUUGUUGCAGUGUUGGCUGUCCAUGUGGUGCUGGCCCUCUUUGUGUACGUCGCCUGGAAUGAAGGCUCACGACAGUGGCGUGAAGGCAAACAGGAUUAAAAUGAACAUUACCUUUUGAUAGUAUUAAAUUGAUUUUUUAAAUGGUAAAGGCUGGAGUGGGAGACAUCUGAUUUGAAUAAAAUUGAAAGAACAUAUUCAAGUCAGUCUUAAGGAGUCAUGUUUGAAUAGUGUAAAUUUUGAUCCUUCUAAUACAUUGGUUUAAUUCAGUUUUAACUGUAUGACCCUCAUUUGCAAAUGAGAAUUCGGAAAAGUUAAAUUAGUUACAAAUAAAUAUGUUAAUUUAGUUACACAUUAUUCUGGAAGGAAUUAUAGCUUCUUUCAACAAAACAUGUUUUAUAGUAUUCUGACUUAUGGUUGCUUUUGAGUUUUACUCCUUUGGAUAUAUUAAGAUGCACACAGUGAAGCAAAUUAGACUCCACUUUACGCUGGAAUGCUUUCCUUAGCAUGAAAAUACCAAGUCCUUGGAUUUGAAAUUUUAAUUUCCUAUGGAAAGUUGCUUAAAUUGUGGACACUGGAAUUUGAAUGUCACUAAGGAAUUUCACAUAAAGUGUAAUCUCUAGUCAGUAGGAAUUUUCCAUUACAUUAUUUUAUGGGAAAACUAGGCUAAAUCACACCCAUUCAGGUCAAAGGACUUUAGCUUACCGAAGGAUCUAGAGAGCAAAGCAAAGAUCUCACUAUUCAAACACGCAGCCUGCUUCCUUCAAGUCCUCUUGCAGGCCAGCUUUGUGCUUUGCAGACCAACUUUUUAAUAAGAUACUUUGCUUCCUCAUUCAGCAUUGAAGCUAGGCUUCAAUUAAAAGGUUUGAGGAAGCUUCAUUUAAAAUUGUUUUUCCUACUGUUUUUUAAAAUUGUAGUGUAUAUGAUAGGAAUUUGCAUUUAAAUAUGUUCAUUUUUGCAUAUGUUAAGAAUAGAAAAAAUCUUGAAAACGUUUUUUUUUUUAAUACCCAAAAUGUAUUCUCCUUGGGGUUAUCUGAUGGAAAAAAAUCCUUGAAUUUAUUUUCGUAUCUUUAGUCUGUGUACUUUUAGUUACUUGGUACUAAUUGUGUGCAAUC